AUGAUAAAAUCAUUCCCAUGUUACAGGAGUAUGAUGCUCAAAGUAGCAAAGUUUGGGAGAAUACAGGUUUUUGGAAAACAUUUUUUUGAGCAAUCAGCGAAUGUUGAAUUGGAUAGUUAUGCCGAACCAAUAAGUGAACUAACUUCAAAUAAUCAGUUCUUAUUGUUAAACAGGGGCAGCGAAGACGGAGAAGAAGAAGAAGAAGAAGAAGAAGGUGAUGAUCGACAUGCAGAAGGUAGUGGAACACAAGUACCAUUUAAGAAACCCAUUGUGAAACACGUUAUUGUUGAUGAGGAUACUCCUACAUGGUCAACUGAACAGACUCGUCCAUCAAUGAAAUCCUUGAUGUCUCCAACAAGACGUACAGCAUCGAAUUUGGGACCAAAUAGAGACGCAACUAAAUUGACAGAUAGCAUAUCUUUGCAUCCACCAUCAUUGACAAGUGGAGUAAAAGCGUCAUCACCUGUACAUCAUCAACGUCAAUACAACAAUAGGGAAUCACCAAUCAAAAUCCAUACUAUACGACAAUCUUUAGACACUUAUCAUAGAGUAUCAAUAUCACCAAAGAAACAGAAAACUCCAAUACGUUCCGCAAGAUCUGAUUUAAUUGAAAAUAUUUUGAAUUCGUCUCCAUCUUUUCCCCUACCUCCUAUCUUGAGAUCAGAAAUAGGGAGUGAAACGCCAAGACAAGCCACUUCAUCUCCUAUAAAGCAGGGACGAACGGAGUUACGUAAAAGACAAGCAACACCGAUGGAGGAUGUUCCUGAUCUUCAAAUGUUUCCUAAUACACCAAAGUAUUCUCGAUUGAGUGGGUCAUCCUUUAAUUCUCCGUUGAAAAGUCAACUUGAUGAUGAAGACAGUGAUCUACAACCGCCGCAAUUGGAUUCCGAUAAACACGAGGGUGGAGUUAUAGAGCCAUCGGGUGAUAGCGAUAAUGAAGAUGACGAUUCACAUGGAAGUGAGAAUUUACCUUUACCUGAAUUAAACACAAUUGAAUUGAGUAGCAACCCGAGAAAGUCUAAUCAAUCAACUCCCGGAUCAGGCAAGAAAAGAAGGAGAAUUGAUAAUAAUCACAAUGAUGAUGCGGACAAUGUAUUCUUGGAUAAUGGAAACAAUCCCCGCUCUAAUAAUUCAACUAGCUUCUUUUCGACGGCUGGUGAACAUGAGGACAAUGUGGAAACAACCUCGAAAUCGUUUCUAGAAAUAUAUGAUCAAGCAAUAUCCAAAAUUAGAGACAGAGAUAGAACCAGGACCGACAACAAUGAACUUACCAAAGAUGUAACCCAAGAAUUGACUAAAGAUUUGACAGAGAAUUCAACUGCUGAUUUGGGUCCAUUGAAAGAGAGAUGGAGAAGAUUAUCCAAAAAAUAG